AUGCCGCAAUUCGAAGACGAACCAAUUAUUGCUGCCUUCAAGGCUCUAGACAAUGCCGGAUCUGGAAAGAUUGAUGCCGAAGAACUAAAGCAAUUGUUGACCGCCAUGGGAGAGAAGUACACGGACGAAGAAGCCGACAAGAUGAUCGAAGACAUGGGAGGAGGUGAUUCAAUUGAUUACGCCAAGAUGGUCAAGAAGUUGAACGCUGAAGCCAACAAGGAUCCUUUUGAAGGACUUUAA